CCAUUUUCUCUCUGAAGUCUGACUAUUGAUCCACCACAAUAAACCCCACUUCGAUUUUGUUCUGAAGAAUCUAGAAUUGAGAUGCCAUUAGCAAGCGAAAUCAUGGGGUGUUCUAUGAUGCAAAAAUCAUCAUUUCUUCCAUUAAAUGAUCUUAAAGAUACCCAUAAGAAUCGAGGUCAGUUUUGUGUUAAUCCUGUUUUGGUUCCGCUUGAUAAUAGGAGGUCGAGGUCGAGAUCGAGUAGGUUGAAGAAAGGUGUUAGGACGACGACUCCGAUGGUGGUGGUGGCGGCAAUCAGUGAAGAUUUGGUGAAAAUUGUGCGAGUUGAAAAACCGGUUACGUUCAAGGUGAGAGCUGUGUUGACUGUUAGGAAUAAGAACAAGGAAGAUUUGAAGGAGACAAUUGUAAGGAAACUAGAUGCUUUUACUGAUCAGAUCGGGAGAAAUGUUGUUUUGGAGCUUUAUAGCAACAUUAUUGAUCCAAAAACAAGAGCUCCAAAGAAAAGCAAAGAAGCUGUUCUAAAGGAUUGGUCGAAGAAAUCAAAUCUGAAAACAGAAAGGGUUAAUUACAUAGCUGAUAUCUUGGUGGAUUCUGAAUUUGGUACCCCUGGAGCAAUCACCAUCACUAAUAAGCACCAGAAAGAGUUCUUUUUGGAGAGCAUCACCAUUGAAGGAUUUGCAUGUGGUCCUGUUCAUUUCCCUUGUAAUUCUUGGGUUCAAUCUUCCAAAGAUCAUCCUGAACCCAGAAUUUUCUUCUCUAAUCAGCCGUAUCUGCCCGAUGAGACUCCAGCUGGGUUGAAGUCUUUAAGAGAGAAAGAGCUUAGAAUAUUAAGGGGUGAUGGCAAAGGAAUCAGGAAGUUGUCUGAUAGAAUCUAUGAUUAUGAUGUUUAUAACGAUUUGGGUAAUCCCGAUAGAGGAAAUGACUUCGUUCGGCCUUCACUUGGAGGUGAUAAAAUCCCGUAUCCAAGGAGAUGUCGAACUGGACGUGUACCUAGCGAUACAGAUAUAUCAGCCGAGAGUCGGGUGGAGAAGCCAUUGCCAAUGUAUGUUCCAAGAGACGAACAAUUUGAGGAGUCAAAAGCGAAUGCAUUUUCAACAGGGCGGCUAAGGGCGGUGCUACAUAAUCUAUUGCCGUCAAUGGUGGCCAGCAUUUCUAAGAAACACGAUUUCAAGGGGUUCUCACAGAUCGAUAGUCUUUACAGUGAAGGGGUCCUUCUGAAACUAGGCCUUCAAGAUGAUCUCGUGAAGAAGCUUCCAUUGCCCAAUUUGGUCACCAGGUUGCAUGAAUCUAGCCAAGGUGGUGGCCUUCUCAAAUAUGACACCCCAAAGAUUCUAUCCAAGGAUAGAUUUGCUUGGUUACGUGACGAUGAAUUUGCCCGCCAAGCAAUCGCCGGAGUGAACCCGGUUAGCAUAGCGAAGCUUGAGGUUUUCCCACCGUUGAGUCAGCUUGACCCCGAAAAAUACGGUCCACAAGAGUCCGCUCUCCGAGAAGAACACAUUGCAGGAUAUCUCAACGGAAUGACAGUACAACAGGCACUCGAGGAAGAUAAGCUAUUUAUAAUCGACUACCAUGAUAUAUAUUUACCGUUUCUGGACCGGAUAAACGCACUCGAUGGGCGUAAAGCAUAUGCAACACGAACCAUAUUUUACUUGAACCAAUCGGGCACCCUCAUGCCUGUUGCAAUCGAACUUAGCCUACCACAGGCGUUGCCGGGUUCAGAGUCAAAGCGGGUGGUCACACCACCAGUCGAUGCCACCAGCAACUGGAUGUGGCAACUAGCCAAAGCCCAUGUGUGCUCAAACGAUGCCGGUGUUCACCAACUCAUUCACCACUGGUUACGGACCCAUGCAUCUAUGGAACCGUUUAUAUUGGCUGCACACAGGCAACUGAGUGCGAUGCACCCGAUAUAUAAGCUGCUGGACCCGCACAUGAGAUAUACGCUCGAGAUCAAUGCGUUGGCUCGACAGAAUCUCAUCAAUGCCGAUGGCGUAAUCGAAGCUUGCUUCACUCCUGGACGAUAUUGUAUGGAGAUGAGUGCUGCCGCUUACAAGAAUUGGCGUUUCGAUUUAGAAGGUCUUCCAGCGGAUCUCAUUAGAAGAGGUAUGGCUGUUCCGGACCCAAGCAAGCCGCAUGGUCUGAAGCUCCUAAUUGAAGAUUACCCAUAUGCAACCGACGGGCUCUUGAUAUGGGAAGCCAUCCAAAAGUGGGUUCAAACCUACGUGAACCGAUACUACCCAGACUCGGACCAAAUCUGCAACGACCGCGAGCUUCAAGCAUGGUAUGCCGAAUCCAUCAACGUUGGCCACGCCGAUCUCCGCCAUGAGAACUGGUGGCCGACAUUAGCAAGUGCCGAAGACCUCACCUCCGUCCUCACCACCAUCAUCUGGCUCACUUCAGCACAACACGCAGCACUUAACUUCGGCCAGUACCCGUAUGGCGGCUACGUACCCAACCGACCGACGCUAAUGCGGCGGCUAAUCCCCGAUGAAAACGAUCCCGAAUACAUAAGCUUUCUCGACGAUCCACAAAAAUACUAUCUAUCGGCUUUACCGAGCUUACUACAGUCAACAAAAAUAAUGGCGGUGGUGGACACGUUAUCGACUCACUCGCCGGACGAGGAGUAUAUCGGCGAGAGACAACAAACGUCGACAUGGUCCGGGGACGCGGAGACGGUGGAAGCGUUUUACGCAUUUUCGGCGGAGAUUCAACGGAUCGAAAAGGAGAUUGAAAAAAGGAACAAUGAUACAAGUUUAAGGAAUAGGUGUGGUGCUGGGGUUUUGCCAUAUGAACUUCUUGCACCGAGCUCAGAGCCUGGAGUUACAUGUAGAGGUGUUCCAAAUAGUAUCUCUAUAUGAAGUAUGAACACCAAUAUUUUAUAUAUAUAUAUAUAUAUAUAAUCAAGAUGAUUUAGAUGCAUAUACUUGUAAACUUGUGGUUACUUGCUCAAAUAAUGUGGAAAAUGGUUAUUAUAUGAAA